UACUUGGGUGGACUUGUCACUCCUCGUAAACAAUACGUCACGACGGCUAGCCUGAAGUGAGAAGUGUAGGCUGCCAUCGUCUGUCCGAUUUACAGGAGCUGGCAGCAGUAGCAGCAGCAGCAGCAGCAGCAGCAGAGGUGGCUUGAUGGGGCUCAGGGCGGGAGUGAUGGUGUAAGGAGCAGCGUCCGGCUGCUGAGGGAGGGAGGUGAGGUGCGGUGAGGUGCGGUGGUGCUGUGAGGCAAGGCCAGGCCAGGCGAGGCAAGGCCAGGCGAGGGAAGGGAAGGGGAAGGAGAGGCGAGGAGGUGCCCUGCCCUGCCCUGCUCCGCGCCUGCCUGUGCCCCCUGUGCUCCAGUCCGCACCCGUGUGCCCCCCCUGUGGGAUGCUGCGCUGGUCGGUGCACCUGGAAGGAGGGCCACGGAGGGUGAACCAUGCCGCCGUGGCCGUGGGACACAAGGUCUACUCCUUUGGAGGAUACUGCUCCGGAGAGGACUACGAGACACUGCGGCAGAUUGAUGUGCACGUCUUCAACUCGGUGUCGCUGCGAUGGACGAAAUUGCCGCCAGUGCGCACGGGGGGCCGGGAGCGCGCCCGAGAGGUGCCCUACAUGCGCUACGGGCACACGGCCGUGCUGGUGGAGGACAUCAUCUACAUCUGGGGUGGACGCAACGACACAGAGGGGGCCUGCAACGUCCUCUACGCCUUCGACGUCACUCAUCACCGCUGGUUCACGCCUAAGAUCUCGGGGACUGUGCCAGGUGCGCGUGAUGGCCACUCGGCCUGCGUGUUGGGCAAAGCCAUGUACGUCUUUGGAGGCUACGAGCAACUGGCUGACUGUUUCUCCAAUGAUAUCCACAAGCUGGACACCAGCAGCAUGGUCUGGUCACUAGUCAAUGCACGGCAAGGCAUGCCGGCGCGCUGGCGGGACUUCCACUCGGCCACCAUAAUCGGCACCAAAAUGUUUGUGUUCGGCGGCCGGGCGGACCGCUUCGGGCCCUUCCACUCCAACAACGAGAUCUACUGCAACAAGAUCAAGGUGUUUGACACCGAGACCAACUGCUGGCUCAGCACGCCCAACACGCAGCUGCUCCCCGAGGGGAGAAGGAGCCACUCCGCCUUUGCCUAUAACGGGGAGCUCUACAUAUUUGGAGGUUACAAUGCUCGGCUGGACCGUCACUUCAAUGACCUUUGGAAGUUCAACCCCGACUCGUUCUCGUGGAAGAAGGUGGAGCCCAGGGGGAAGGGCCCUUGCCCUCGGAGGCGGCAGUGCUGCUGCAUGGUGGGAGAGCGCAUCAUCCUGUUCGGGGGAACCAGCCCUUGUCCAGAGCAGGGAAUGGGGGAUGAAUUCAACCUCAUGGAUCACUCAGACCUUUACAUCUUAGACUUCAAUCCUAAUUUGAAGACCUUAUGCAAGCUAGCUGUUAUACAGUAUCGCCUGGAACAGUCAGGACUCCCACACGACAUAAGGUGGGAGCUCACAGCCAUGACGACCAACAGUAAUAUAAGCCGACCCAUCUUCUCCUCUCACGGCUGACCAAGGUCCCGACGCAACCUUCUACCACAGCCAAUCACAUUCAGGAACCAGGCCCUCGAUCCCCCUCCACUCUCCCAAGGAGCUGCCCAUCUCCUCCUCGUCCUCCUCCUCCACGGCUGUACAUCCCAUCUGGCUCUGAGGAGGUCUUCUCCAUCUCCCCCUCCUCUCCUCGUUCCUGCCACAUUCUGAUUCAGUCUUUUCUGUUUUUCUCAUGACUGGGGGUUUUCUGCAGUUUUUUUGACUGAGGGGAUGCAGAACAUGAACCGACACCUCUCUUUUUUCUGUUUUCUUUUUUUAUUUCUUGGGAACCUUUUUGAUGAUGACAUUGGAAUUUAAUGACAAGUCUCCAAGACGUCAAGGGCCUCAUCGGAGCCUUCCAACACUACAAGGUGCUCUGAGAGAGCAUUGUGUGUUUUUCGGUCUUCUCUUAAAAUACAAUUCUUGAAGAUUGUUUCUGUCUGGGGAAUAGAAAAAUACAUUUGUAACUUAACUGGUCUCUCCCUCCCUAGUUUCCUUGCUUAUGUUAGUCCUGUAAACAAAGGGUGCUAGCAGGUCUGCAGUUGUUCAACCAUUCGUUUCGUUAUUCAGGAGCAGUUCAUACAUCUUUGGAUCUAUGCUACCCCCCAAAACAUCCAACCCCAGUGUUCAAUGCGCUCCCCUCGAUCAGACUCUGAUGCCCACGAUUAUGUUGGCAGAUUUUUUUUUUUUUUCAAGUGUAGUAAGGAUAUCGACCCAAGUCAUCCUUUUCACAGAAUUUGGACAGUCUGUUCCUGAAAGAACACUCAAACACAAGAAGCUGAGUUGACUCAACACAAGUACGCACGUGCGGUGGUAUGCAACAUUGGUAAGAAAAAAUGGACUUGAAGACGUGCGUUGUGGUGAUUUUCCUAGCCUUACGACUACAGUAGAUCUCGUUGUUAUUGUACCUCCCCACCCCCUCUUCUCUAGAACCAUGUUUGAUGAUCAUGAUGAUGAUGAUGAUUACAAUGAUUAUGAUGAGGAGUUUGAAUCUUUGUGAAAAUGCUGUUGAACACGGUCGAGUUGCCGUGAGUGCCUUGAAUAAUAAUAAUAAAACAAUGCGCCACAUCUCAA